AUGGAAUGGGAGGAGUUGGCGGCCGUGGCCAAGGACUUAGGCAUGACCAAGGAGGAGACGCUGAAGUUUUUUGAGAAUGCAGAACGACAGCGCAAAAGCGAGCAAGAGAGAGUCCGCGAACAACAUGAGAUGGAACGAGAGCGUGCUUGUGACAACACGAGCGGCGGCGUCCUCCAGUUAUCAGUGACCAUCGGUAUCCUGUAUUCGUACGUAUUGGGCCGCUUCCUCGAAUGGGAGCUCCUGGCCAUGGCUUGCUUUGUAGGCGCCAUCUUGCUCUUCGCAGCCAGCCACUUUUCAAUCGAGUCGCCCCGCUGGCUGCUGCUCGGCGGAAGAAAGUUCGAGGCACUGCAGGCAUUGCUUAAACUUCGAGGGCCAAAUUUCAGGGUAGAAGAUGAGUGCGCCGCCAUCCAGCAAGUGUUCUCACGCGUCCCUACGCCUCCGUUUCACGUGCUGAUGGCGUUUCACGUGCAUUUCCUCCAGCAGUUCUCGGGCAUCAACAUGCUCAUUUUCUACGCACGCGCGAUCUUCGCCAAUGCCGGUGUUACCGUCACUGCGGCCAACUCGUCCGUUAUCAUUGCCGCCCUCCAGGUGGCGGCGACCUUGGCAGCGGUCUCUGUGAUGGACCUAGUCGGUCGACGCCGCCUGCUCACCAUCUCCUCGAUGGUAUGCGUCUUCUCCAUGGUCAGCAUCGGCGCACUACACCAGGUGGCCGGCGGUGGAGGGAAUGCGUCCACUCUGAUGAACAGCGAGCGCAUGCCCGUCAUUUUUCUCGGGCUCUAUAUAAUCGGCUACUCGAUUGGCCUUGGUCCCGUGGUGUGGAUUCUGAGUGCCGAGCUGGUGCCGUGCCGGAACCGCGGCUUCUACCUGGGCGCUGCCACUGCGUUCAACUGGAUCUGCGCUCUUGUCGUCACCUGGCUGUUCGGCGUCUUGCGCGAAACGUACCACUACUCCGGCAUGGGCUGGUUCUUCAGCUCUCUCACUUUCGUCGGCGCAAUGCUUGUCAACUACUUCCUUCCGGAGACUCAAGGCCACAGCCUCGAGCAGAUUCUACUGCGACAGUUUCGCGAACGCGAGGACACGUCUAUUCAGUCAACGAGGCCCUAG